CAAGCAUCCGCCGCUCGAUUCCGACCGCAGCUUGAUAGUUCGAGUCGCCGUUGGGUGGCGACGCUGGACCAUUCACAUCAAGUGUCGGCGUGCAUCCAUCGACAAGAUCGUGUAGCUCAUUACCAUCUCGACUGAAAUUUCACCUCGAAUCUCAUAUGGGGCUAGUGUCGAGCACAUGUAGCCAGCUGGACAACUAAGGCUCCAUCAGUAGACGUUCCACCACGAUGCCCAUCAAGCCCAGGUAUCGUAUAAGAUAUCUGUUGCUUCUCUGCGAGAUGUGGGUGUCUCGAGCCAAUGGAGAAGCAAGUUGGCAGAGAUCACGUUGCGACUUGCUUGCUCCAUGCACUAUUUCGAGCUGGUUGUGUCGGUUGCAGCGACUUAAAGUCCAUCCUUCAUGGAGCGCAUGCAAAUGCUUCAAGUCGCUGAUAUUGGAACGGCGUCGCUGUCCUUUUCGCCUUCAUUGUGCUUCCUUUUGCGUUCGAGGGCAUGCAUGCAUUGGCGGUGUUCUGAGCUGUGUUCAGCUGCAAUGUGGCAUGUCCACAGUCGCGAGCUUUCGAUCAUCAAAUGGCUGGAUCUAUAGUUGUUUGGGUAAUCUGCAAAGCACAUUGGAAGCGAAUACAGUGCAGGCAGCACGGUGCAGCACUCGCUGCUUUGCAAAGAUCUAUUGCGUCUUCGGCAGCGGGGUCGAGGCAGCAUGCCCCUUGAUUGCUCCGAUCAAGCACUGGGACGCACAUGCAUUUCGUCAUCGGCGAGUACGACAUCGACGCAAAACACCGGCAUUAUAAUAGCUUUGGCGUAGUCAGCUUAGUAUCGCAUUGCUAUUUUAGCUACCUGUAUCCACUUUAGAAUAAGAAUGCAUGCACCUUCAACAGACUCAUAUAUCGCUUGUGAGACUGAGACACGAUAAACGCUAGAUUUCCGGGUGCAGGCAACACAACCAGG